CUCGACAGAAAAAAAAAAAUUUUUUUUUUCAUCCCUUGCGCGACUGUUUGUUUUGAUGUCUUGUUUUGGAACGGCGUUUUAAAAAAUUGGAUCUUUUAAGCUUAACAAACAGUAAAUUCAUGGUAGAAUAAUUCAUUGUAAAGGCUAUUUGAUAUUUCAUGACUGUUAAAAAAUAACCUGUACGAAUUGGGUCAAUUGUAUCUCUGAAGCGUUCUCCUGAACGUUUCAUUAAGCAGAAUGUUUAUUUUGAAAAAAAAUAGACAAAGAGAACCAUAGCAACAAAGAACUUUGUACCUAAACUUAGAUUCAAAUUUAAUUGAACACCCUAUAUAAAUACAUAUUGUUUUCUCAAAAUGCUUCCUUCUCAAAGUCUGAAUGAAAAUCACACUCGUAACGUUUGUCUUUAAAAACCGAAUUUAUUUUGACGUGGAAGUCAAUCCGAUGGUAGACAAGCCUAUCGUUAUUAAGAAACGUGCAGAAACCAUUCUACAAAUUAUUCCUGGUAACCAGGAUCUCAGGUACAAAGGUGUCUUAUUGGAAAAGGACCAAGUGCUUGGGUAUUAUGGCAUUCAGGACGGUGACGAGAUCUUGAUGGAAACCAAUGGAAUGACAGGGACUUUUACCAUCAGCUUACAUAAUUCUGAUGGCUUUAUCUCCCACUUCUCUGUGGAUUAUUACAACACAGUCUUGCAAAUCAAAAAACUCGUACAAACCUUUUAUGGAACUUUCAUCUCAAGACAAUGUUUGAUGUUUGAAGGAAAAGAGCUGGAAGAAUCUAAAAAAUUAGAAGACUACUUUAUUGGGCCUCGUAGUAUACUUACAUUGAAAAUCAUUUAA